CGUUAAUACCGAUGUUCAUACUAUUUUAAACCUAAUUUUUUCCCCAAAUCUUCCAUUGUCUUCAUCUCUGGAAAACUUCUCUCCUCUUUUCUUCUACACUCUUCGUCGUCCAAGCAAUAACAAUGUCGUGCUACAAGGGAAAAUACGCCGAUGAGCUGAUAAAGAAUGCUGCAUACAUAGCUACCCCUGGUAAGGGUAUCCUUGCUGCUGACGAGUCUACUGGCACAAUUGGCAAGCGUCUAUCUAGCAUUAAUGUUGAGAAUGUCGAGUCAAACAGGAGGGCCCUCCGGGAGCUGCUCUUCUGCGCACCUGGUGCUCUUCAGUACCUUAGUGGAAUUAUCUUGUUUGAGGAAACCCUUUAUCAGAAGACUGCAGCUGGCAAGCCUUUUGUUGAUGUCAUGAAGGAGGGUGGAGUCCUCCCUGGAAUUAAAGUUGACAAGGGUACCGUAGAGCUUCCCGGAACCAAUGGUGAGACAACUACCCAGGGUCUUGAUGGCCUUGCAGAGCGCUGCCAAAAGUAUUAUGCUGCUGGUGCUAGGUUUGCCAAAUGGCGUGCAGUGCUCAAGAUUGGUGCCAAUGAGCCAUCUCAGCUCGCUAUCAAUGACAAUGCCAAUGGCCUUGCCAGAUAUGCCAUCAUCUGCCAGCAGAACGGUCUUGUCCCCAUUGUUGAGCCUGAGAUCCUUGUUGAUGGAUCCCAUGACAUUAACAAGUGUGCUGAUGUCACGGAGCGUGUUCUUGCUGCUUGCUACAAGGCUCUCAAUGACCACCAUGUCCUCCUCGAGGGUACAUUGUUGAAGCCCAACAUGGUCACUCCUGGAUCUGAUGCCCCUAAAGUUGCACCAGAGAUGAUUGCAGAGUACACUGUACGUGCCUUGCAGCGAACAAUGCCAGCUGCUGUUCCUGCUGUGGUCUUCUUGUCUGGUGGUCAGAGUGAGGAAGAGGCCACCCGCAACCUCAACGCCAUGAACAAGCUACAGACCAAGAAGCCCUGGACCCUCUCAUUCUCCUUCGGACGUGCUCUCCAGCAGAGUACCCUCAAGGCCUGGUCAGGAAAGGAGGAGAAUAUUGAGAAAGCCCAAGCUGCACUCCUCACAAGGUGCAAGGCCAACUCUGAGGCUACCCUCGGAAAGUAUGUUGGUAGUUCCAACUUGAGCGAGGGUGCUUCCGAGAGCCUUCACGUCAAGGACUACAAGUAUUAGGACAAUAUUCGUUUUCUGUCCUUGUUUUGGUUUCUAUUUUGAUGAUGAGGUUUUGCAGGAUGGUUUAGUCGAAGUGUCUUUUACCGGUCAUAGUGUGCUAGUCUUUUCUUUUUGUCCCAUUUCUCCAUUGGAGGUAUGUCACAAGAUUUGUUCAAUAAAAGCUUGAGAAACGUCGGGUUUGUGACAUUGUAGGGGUCAUCCUUUAGUGUGUUAAUGUUAUCGGAUUUAUGCCCUGUUGAUGGGGUUUUACAUAUUAAACUUUGGUUUUGCA